UGGAAGUGGGAGAGCGGAUGCGAGUGGGAGGGGGAGGGCGGUUUGAGAGCGAAAGAGAACGGUGCAAGUAGCGGGCGGAGGUGAGGCAGAGCGGCCAAGACCCAGACAUCGAGGCUGGCGAUUGUCGCCCAGCUGGGAUGGGCAAUGACGAGCACGCAGUGUUCUUCCCCUCCUCCUUGCAGCUGCUAUCUCGUGGGUCGAGUGAUGGUGGACUCAGGCGGAGAGCUGAGCUCGGUCUGCGGCCAACGAUGAUGGCACGAGCUUCGAUUGCUCUCCUCCUUCUUCUUCUGGUUAUUGCAGCCGCGGGGCUGACACAGGUCGCCGCUGACCGUUCUGACGAGAACGGGGACAGACAUGGCGGGGACAGACCUGGCGGGGACAGACCUGGCGGGGACAGACCUGGCGGGGACAGACCUGGCGGGGACAGACCUGGUGGGGACAGACCUGGCGAGGGCAGUGGUUCCCCCCGUCAAUGCCCAGGCAGUUUCACUAAUUAUCCCGUUUGCAACCUGCAGGGUGAUGGGUGCACGAAGCAAGCAGGGAUGUUCGUUGGCAAUGGGGGGGGUGGGACAAGAGUGCGAUUAACAGGCGGGCCUAAUGAUUGUUGCGCUGAGUGUGCGGCAGACAGCAACUGCUUCUUCUGGACAUGGACGAAAGUAAGUGGUCCUGCAGCUGGCAAUAUGUGCGACAAGUUCGGGAACGCCUUCCUGUGCGACGGCACGAGGAAGAGCUGGAUGCCUAUUUCCGAUGGCUCCAGCGUAAGUGGAGGGAGUUGUGGGGUGAGCGGGCGAGACGACCCCCAUUUCGUCGGGGCGGAUGGGGUGCAUUUCGACUUCUCCGGCGAGCCGCAUGCAGAUUUCUGUCUCGUGGCUGACCGUCAUCUUCACGUCAACAUGCACUUAAGCGGCUACUACGACAGCGUAGCAGACGCUGACGUCAACGACAAUGGCGUAGAAGCGACGGACGUGGCGGGGACGCGGUCGACUGCUGAUCACCAUGGCCAGUCGGCUGUGCAUGCGGUAUCGACGAACGUAACCAGGACGUGGAUUCGAGCACUGGGCAUCCGUUUCAAAACGCACGCCAUAGCUCUCGAAGCUCGCAGCGAUGGCAAUCCUGAUCGUCUGGACGGGUACAUGGCGAAGAUCGAGGUCGACGGCGAGCUUGUGACGCUGACACCGGGCAGUGAGAAGAGGUUCGGUGAUGGGAUUCGACUGGCGCAGACGGAUGUGACGCAUUUCAGCGGCUACGAGCAAGACAACUACGUGGUCUCCAUCGAGGGGGUGCUUGAGAUCUCGCUGAGGCUUCGCUCUGCCGGCGCCAAAUGGCAGAGAGCGGACGAUGCUCAGACGCAUUUCAACAUCAACGUGCGCCAGCUUGCACACUCUGACGAUGUGCAUGGAGUGCUGGGCCAGACUUAUCGGCCUCAGGCGAAGAGAACAGGCAGCGGCAGCUACAGGUUGGUCAAGGGCUUCCUGAAGGAGUAUCAGGUGGAGGGACCCAACGGCGAUGGCUACCUUGAGGGAGCCAUGGACGACUACCGAACCACCGGCCUCCUCGCCACGGACUGCAAGUUCGCCAUCUUCCAGCGCUCCGGCAUGGACGCCGCCGACGCGCGUGACUCUCAAGUCACAUUCGCAACCAAGGAGACCUCGUACGGGGUCGCUCUCGAACGCCGCCGGUAGCUCACAAACAUGACAGGGGUGCAUGUGUCUGUGUGUGUGUCUCACAGAGAGAGAGAGAGAGAGAGAGAGAGAGAGAGAGAGAGAGAGAGAGAGAGAGAGAGAGAGAGAGA